ACGUCACCGGCCCACCUCACGUUCUUCGCUCUCUCGCCCGUUGCUUCCCCUUCCCGCCAUUUUCCUCACCCACCCCCCUGCCAAUCUCUCAGUCGCCUUUCUCCUCAGAACCACAGCGCUCUUCACUUCUCAAGUCGCUCGUCGGUUACGGGUCUGUCGCGCUCACCCCGCCCCGGUCUCACCGAGGAUUCCGUUGAGCCAUGGAGAUGGAGGAAGACAGCCAUCUUGACAGCGGAGACUCCAACGGGGCGAUGGAUGCUUCACAGGAUAUUGAAGACAGUGGCAAGCGCCCUGCGGAGGACUCCGGAGAGGAGCAGUCGACCAAGCGGUCGCGCAACAACGACGAUUCCCGAGUGGAGCUGCGCGUCCUCAUGCAGAGCAGGAAUGCCGGAGCCGUGAUCGGCAAGGGAGGGAAACACAUCAAGGCUCUGCGAGCCGAUUACAAUGCCACCAUAACAGUUCCUGACAGCAGUGGUCCCGAGCGCAUUCUCAUCGUCAUCGCUUCCAUCGAGUCCAUCGGACACGUCAUGGGACACGUCAUCCCCGCACUCGAGGAGUACCAGCACUACAAGAACCGGGACUUUGAGUGCGAGACGCGGAUGCUGGUCCACCAGAGCCAGGCGGGAGGCAUCAUCGGACUCAAGGGGGCCAAGAUCAAGGAGCUCCGUGAUAGGACCAGCACCAGCAUCAAGGUGUUCCAGGAGUGUUGCCCCCGCUCCACGGACCGCGUGGUGCUCAUCUCCGGCAAGCCGGACAGCGUCGUGGAGUGCCUCAAGUCCAUCCUCUACGACCUGCAGGAGUCUCAGAUCAAGGGGCGAUCGCUGCCCUACGACCCCAACUUCUACGAUGAGACCUACGACUACGGCGGCUUCACCAUGGCCUACGACGAGAGGGGGGCGGGGCCCGGCGCGGGAUGGGGCCGCCCCCCGCCACGCCCCCCGCACCACGGCGGCGGCGGCGGCGGCGGCGGCGGCGGCGGCGGCCGCUUCUACGACAGGGGCCCGGGGGGAGGCCGGCAGGGGCCACCGCCGGGGCCGCCCAUGGGGAUGCAGAGGGGGAGCCGGGAGGGACGAGGGGGAGGUCGCCCAGGUGAGCGUGGGGGUCGUGGUGGAGUGGGGGGUUACGGUGUUGGGCCCCCCAUGAGGUCCGGCGGCGGAUACGGAGGCGGAUACGACGAGGAAGACAUGGUGAGGCCAGACGCUGGGGCAGACAGAGAGGACACGGAGAGACAGAGACACGCUGAGAGACAGGGAGACACUGAGGGAGGCGGAUACGGAGGAGCGUACGUCGAGGAAGACAUGUCUGGAUAUGGUCGAGGUGCAGCAGGGGGCGGUGGAGGGGGCGGUGGAGGGGGUGGAUCCUACGGCUCAAUGGGCGGCCCCGUGACCAGUUCACAGGUGUCCAUCCCCAAGGACCUGGCCGGCUCCAUCAUUGGCAAGGGUGGCAUGAGGAUUAAGCAGAUCCGUGCGGAGUCGGGCGCCUCCAUCAAGAUCGACGAGCCGUUGGAGGGUUCCGAGGAGAGAAUCAUCACCAUCACGGGCACGCAGGACCAGAUCCAGAAUGCUCAGUACCUGCUGCAGAACAGUGUGAAGCAAUACUCCGGACAGUUCUUUUAAAAGAGAAGAGAGAGAGAGAUCAUGCCACAGGAGUCCAUCGAACCAGCUCACACACACGCACACGGAGACACACUCGGAGACACACUCGGA